GGCACCUCUAGCUUUUCGUGUGCAAACGAAGAGGUUUCCCCCAGCUGGGCGGGGCUGAUCUCCUGCCGGUAGGGAUUCGGCUCCUAGAGGUUUCAAGCUUCAGAUGCGAGUGUGUAUAGGGAAAAGCUGCUCAACUCCACUGGGUCACCGGAGGAUGGUCCAGACUCAGAAGCACUGAAGACCCACGCCUUGAGAACUGGGGAUCGCGAGCCCGCAUCUGUGCGGGAAAAGCCGGCGAAUCUGGAGGAGUCAGGUCCGCCUCUCGCGCCUGGGUUUUCAGAACUCUGGUCACGUCUCCGUCUCCAGUGAUAAUUCUUCCCGCCUGGAACUGAAAAUAAUGAAACUACGCAUGAAAGUUUUCGCUUUCAUUGCGCUCGGCGUGGUGAUUUUUGUGUGUCUUUAUAACAGCCAGCUAAUCCUCCCCAGCCUUUACCAGCCGCUCAACAACUCCAGCGAAAGAACGUCUGUCAUCGCCUGUGAUUACGGCUUGCAAGAUCAUUCGGUCUUCGUGACGCGGAACACAUCGCCACAUCCUUUAGAAAAAAUCUCCUGCCCUCGGUACCAGAUCCAGAGCCACUAUAUUACCAGUCCCCUGUCCGAAGAAGAAGCUGCCUUUCCCCUGGCCUACAUCAUGGUGAUCCACAAAGACUUCAACACCUUUGAAAGGCUCUUUAGGGCCAUUUACAUGCCCCAGAAUGUUUACUGUGUGCACGUGGAUAGUAAGGCAACAGAGACCUUCAAAGAAGCAGUGAGUCAGUUAGUAAACUGUUUCCCCAAUGCCUUCCUGGCCUCUAGGAUGGAGCUGGUGGUUUAUGGUGGCUUCUCCCGGCUCCAGGCUGACGUGAACUGCAUGAAAGACCUGGUGGCCUCCAAGGUCCGCUGGAAAUAUGUCAUCAACACCUGCGGGCAAGACUUUCCUUUGAAAACCAACAAAGAAAUAGUUAACUAUCUGAAAAGAUUUAAGGGGAAAAACAUCACUCCGGGGGUGCUGCCUCCUUGGCAGGCAAUUGUACGGACUAAAUACGUACACCGAGAACGUAAAGGCAGAAGCGGAUACUUUAUGCAAACAACAAAUAUUUUGAAGAGUCCACCUCCACACCACCUGGUCAUCUACUUUGGCACAGCCUACGUGGCCCUCACCUGGGACUUUGUCAACUUUAUCCUGAAUAACAAAACGGCCACUGAUCUCUUAGAGUGGUCUAAAGAUACCUAUAGCCCUGAUGAACACUUUUGGGUGACACUCAAUAGAAUUCCAGGAGUCCCUGGCGCUAUGCCAAAUGCAUCCUGGACGGGGAACCUCAGAGCUGUGAAGUGGAGGGAUAUGGAAUCGAACCACGGAGGCUGCCAUGGUCACUACGUACAUGACAUUUGCAUCUACGGAAACGGAGACUUGCCGUGGCUAAUUAAUUCUCAAAGCCUGUUUGCUAACAAAUUUGAACUCAACACAUACCCUCUUACUCUGGAAUGCCUAGAACUGAGGCAUCGCGAAAGAACGCUCAAUCAGAGUGAAAUUGCCGUACAACCCAACUGGUAUUUCUGAUCCGCGGCAGCUCUGGCCUGAACGGAAACUGAAGACAUAUAGAAGAGUCUUCUUUUCCAAGAGACUCUUGUCUUGGCUACGCUGAAGGCUUUUAGGGAAAAAAAAUGGUUUCAGGAAACCGUCAGGACCUGGCAACAAACACGCCUCUGCUUAAACUAUCCACUGGACACUGUGGUAUAUUUGACAGGAUGGCUGCACAGCAGCUGUCUGGCCGUUUCUUUUGAAUGUCUUUUCUUUUCUCACCACCACCCCCUUCCUCUUCCUCUCUUCUCUGGUUUGUUUGUUUGUUUGUUUUGUUUUUUUAAGAUAGGUAGGGUCUAUAUAUAUAUAUGUAUAUGUAUAUGUAUAUGUAUAUGUAUAUGUAUAUGUAUAUGUAUAUGUAUAUUUGGCAAGCCUGUUUCUUAUCAGGUAGCCCAGUAUGGCCUUGAACUCAAAUCAGUCCUCCCACCUUGGCUACCUAAGGGCUGCUAUUACAAGUGUGGACAACCACACCUGGCUCUGAUGUCUGGCAGUCACUUGAUGCUCAUCUCCGUCUCAGUCUACUGAGUGGUCGAGAUGAUAAAUUCAGAUGCAUCAGAUCUCUGUGCCAGAUACUCAUAUUAGUAUAUUCUGUUAGAAAGGAGAAUGGUGGAUAAUACUAAAAAAAUCAGAACUUAGCCGGGCAGUGGUGGCGCACACCUAUAAUCCCAGCACUUGGGAGGCAGAGGCAGGCGGAUUUCUGAGUUCGAGGCCAGCCUGGUCU